GUCUGGCAUCGUGCGAGGCCACAAUUUCUCAUUCGGAAGUUUGAAUAAAAAUUUUGGCGUCAUUUGCUUGUUUGGACACGCGGAUAUACAGUACAGAACAGGAUCGUUCAGUGAGGCAAGCACAACAUAUGAAAUCGAAAGAUGAAUAACAAAUCCCUCAACACAGGAUUAGAAGAGUGCUCCAUUGCUGGCUACCCAUAUUACGUUAUUGAAGAAUUCCCUUCAAAUGAAUAUGUCAUCAGCCAAGUCGUUUCCUCUGUGAUAUGCGCUGUCCUAACCAUACCGGUGAUACUUUUGAAUGGUAUAACCGUCCUCACAAUAUUGAAAAGUAAAAUUUUGGGCAGUAAAAUUUGCCAUUUUCCCGUUCUUAUUCAAUCAAUGGCCGACUUGACUGUCGGAUUCCUUACGCUUCCAUUGUUCACGUUUCUUCAUCUCAGCGAAGUUUACGGUGGGGUAAACUGCAAGUUAAGUUUCGCACUUUCGACAAUCGCAUUCAUACCGUGGGGACUGUCGCUGGCAUCUUUAUGCGCGCUAACCUUCGAGAGAUACAUGGGUGUCUUGCAUCCAAUUGCCCAUCGCAUUUACCUUCGAAAGAAGACAUUUGUGAUGUACACUGUUGGGGUGAUAUUGGUCACAUUUGUCAUCGUGCCAUUAGCUGGAGUAUCAGUGAUAUUUUACUACAUAUUUUGCGGUGCCUAUGCGAUUAUUCCUUUCUUCCUCCACACAUUUUGCUACGCUCGUAUCUUAUGCUCGACAAGGAAAAGAUUGCGACACCCAAGAUACAGCACGAGCAACAGCACAAGCAGCGACCAAAGCGAACAAAAACCUCAGACAGGUCGUACUGCAAGACGGUAUUCCCUGAGAGAGGUAAAGCUGACUAAGUCCUGUGCGCUGGUCGUUGGCACAUUCUACAUCUGCUGCAUUCCCGGCGAGUUUCUCAACAUUUACUAUUUGGAAAAAAGCCUGAUAAUCUAUCGAGUCGUGAUUUCGUGGUAUGUUGCAACUCUCGGAGUUAAUACCAUACUUAACUCGAUCAUCUUCUUUUGGACAAGGCCAAUUUUGAGAAAGGAAGCCUUCAAGGUGUUGAAAAGUAUCUGUUAGGUUACGGCCCAAUUCAAACGUCGAACGAACCUUUAUAAUCCUUAUUAUUUAUAAUUAUAAAGAGAUGUUUCAGAUAAUAGUUUCUGAAGCCCAUUGCAUGGGAAAAUUCAUAAUAACAAGUCAUUUAUAUAACUGCAUAUUUGUGUAAAAUACACAGAAAGACAAUAUCUAUAAUGAAGUAUGUUGCUGCAGUGCUUACUCACAUCGUAUAACCUGGGUAAUGCAUACAGAUUCUCAUAAGAACACACGAAAUCUGACUUGCUGAACACCGAGAUUUUUGUAGGUCGUUUGGGCGAAAAAAUCUUAAAUACUUGGCAUGCAGUUCUUGCUAUUUCGAUGCUUGAAUGGCAUGUAAAAUAUUC